AUAUUCAGUACUUUUCUCUUCAAUUAUAUCACAUACUUGCAUAAGAGCUUAUUGCAAGAAGAUCACUGCUUAAUUUCUUUUUUCUUUGGGAGGUUAUUAUGGGGGACUCUUCUGCUUUUUAUAUACACAUGGUGCAGCACCUGAUAGAGAAGUGUUUGAUAUUCCGCAUGACAAAAGAAGAAUGCAUGGAAGCUCUUUCAAAACAUGCAGACAUCAAACCUGUCAUCACCUCCACUGUAUGGAAUGAGCUGGAGAAAGAAAACAAGGAAUUCUUUGAAGCCUAUGCUCAAUCUCAAAGCAAAGAAGAUAGGAUGUCCGAGGAAGAGACGAGUCAAAUGAUCCAGAAGAUGAUCUCUGAUUCCUCCAAAGCCGCUGAUGAAGACGACGACGACGACGAAUAGCAAAAAUACCAAAUUCGAAAACGAUAUCUCCUCUCUCUCUCUCUUUGUAUUGUGGUUUCUGUAACAUAUAAUAUGCUUCCCACCCACAUAUAUAUCGAGCCAAUACCAAGAAUAUAUAUAUAUAUAUAUAGUGGUCCCUUAGCUCACAUAAUCACAAUCACAAUACAGAAGAGCACGGAGCAUCCCGUGUUAAUUAAUUCCCAAACCAAUAAAACAAAAGGGUAACCCUGCUACUCAAUUUCUACUCCAAUUUCUUCAACCAUCAGUUGUAGAAUCAUUG